AUGAUUCAGCAUGAUAUCAACAUACCAUACCAUGACAUGAAGCUUUUUGGUAGCCCAACUCUCAAGAGCAUAGCUCAGGAACUCGAACGAGUUGCAAAUUCAGACCCUGACAGGCCAGAGAUCUCGUCUCAAGAACAGAGUCAAGAGGAAGUCCAGGUAUCCCUCCAUUUUGAUAGCCUAGCUAACAUUUCCACUUGGUUCAUACGAGGCAACAACGUUCUCGUCCCUAAAGGCCAACCUCCUCUUCUAUGCAUCCAUCCGAUAGCAACAGAUGCAUCUUUCUUUGCUCCAUACUGGAUCAAGCCACCACAGGGACAAGAUAAUAUCGCGGUUCAAAUCCCUGGCAGAGACAACAGAAUCGGCGAAUUUAUCCUAUCAAAUGUCUCUGAAAUUGUAUCCGAGAUCCUUGAAGAGAUGGAGCCUGUCAUUGGAACCCCGGUCAUCAUAUGGGGCCAUUCAUUUGGUGGUAUAGUUGCCUUUGAGACAAUUCGAGAACUGAGGCGCCUUGGAGUCCAUCCGCUGCCACGGCUAGUGGUAACUGCCACUAUCGCUCCUCGUCUCCUCCGCUCCUGGAAAAAGCGGCCAAUCAUGCAAAGGUUAUCCGCGGAGAGUGUGGAGGUAGGCUAUGCUAUCUCUACCUCGCGUUCGGUAGACGACGCAGCUUUUGUUCGAUCUAUUCUGCCGAAUUUCAGGCGGGACGCGCGUUGGUUCAGCAGCUAUGAAUAUAUAAGCGAGGAACCACUAAAUCUCCCUAUCACUGCGUUUGCUACCCGUCACGAUGAUUUCGUAUACCCAGAUCAGGUCAAGGCUUGGGAAGAACAGACAGCGGUUUAUUCGUAA